AUGAAGAAGAAAAUGUAGAAGAUGCACAGACAUAAAUUAUUAUAUGAGGAUGUAUUGAAAUAAGUGGAAAAAGAAGAUGUAUAAUAAUUAUAAGUAUUUUAGGUUGCAUUUUUUAGUAAAUGUACGAAAUUUAGAGAUUAAGCACCUCAUCCAAUCACUUUAGAUAGAGCUUUAUAAUUCUUAUGGUUAAAAGAGUAGGUAAAUUAUGCUUAAUUAAAAGGGUUUUAGAAGAUUGAUAGAAAGAUAGCAUUGUAAUUUGGAUAGAGAAGAGUAUGUAAAAUAGACUCUACUAUGAAACAUGAUGGUCCAUCAAGUGCUCGUAUUAUUAAGACAUCAAAGAUUGAUUAAGGGAUGAUUAAUGGUUGGCAUAAUGGUGCUGGUGAUUCUAAAUUUGAUUUGGGUCCAUAGUAUAAUAUAAAAAAAAUGGAAAAAAAUGAAGAAGAAAUUGAAUAUGAAGAAUUAAUAAAGUAAGAACAAUAAAGUCCAAGUGAAUAUAAGAUUAAACUUAAUCAUUAAGAUUUAUAUAAUAAUGAUAUAAGUGAGAAAUAUGCAUUUAGUAAUUUAGACAACAAAUAAUUGUUAUCAAAAUUAAAUGAAUUAAAAUAAAUUAAUAAACAAAAAAAUGAAUAACCAUAAGAAUAUGUGGAAUUAGAAGGAUAAAAAUUUUAUCAUGUAUUAAAUGAUAUAUAAGAUUAUUUGGAUAAAAAAAUUGAUAAUAAAACAUUAAUAUAAGAAAUGAGAGCAUUUUAGACAUUUUAUCCAAUUAAAAGAAAAUUAUAAGUCAAAUAAUUGAAUCCUGGAGAUCCUAUAUGUUAAGUAACAGAAUCAUAAACAGAUACUAAUUAAAAAGUUACUACUUCAAAAUUAUUUGAUAGAAAGAGAACUUUUACAAAUAUGAAAUGUGAAUUAUUUAAUACAAAUAAUUAUGUAUUCCAUGUUAGAGAAGUUCCUAAUAUUAAUUAAUAAUUGAGAAGAAAUCAUUUCUCAUAAUUGAUAGAAGAAUUAAGAGAAAAUGGAAUGAAAACGCCUAGAGAAAUUCAUGAAGUAUCACCAGAAAAUUCUAUUAAAGCAUCAUAAAUAGAAUCUAGUGAAAAUGAUGUUAAAUAAAUUAGAAAAUUUUAUUUAAAAUUUCCUAAAUAAAAAGGAGAAUCAAGUUAAACUACUUCUCGUACAAAAAGUUAAAGAUUUGGAACAUUAUAAUCUUAAAUAUCUCAUUAAUAUUAUUAAUAACCUUUAAAGGCAUCUAUGAGUAAUUUACAUGGAAGUAGUACAGAAAUAAGAUUGGAAAGUCCUGGAAAAUGUAAAAAUAGAUUAGAUUCUAGAAUUGAUAAGUAUGUAAAAUAAUAUCUAAAGAAUUAAAAUGUUAUUUCAUAAAAUUAAAAUGUUGAUAUGACAAUAUUAAGAUAAAAAUAUAAAGUAAUAUGUUAAUUUAAUUAUUUAAGUCUUUAAAAACUGAAAGAGAGAAAGAGAUAACAAGAAUGUAUAAAAGUUAAUAAAUUGAAGGAAUUAAUAAUAAAACUGUGCAUUUAUAAUGA